AUGGGCCCCUGGUCUGUGAUCACCACCUCGGCUCCCCGCCUCCCUGGCCCCACCCCGGCCGGUCCCUCCCAGGACAGAUGGGCUGGGCGACAGGAGCCCCCCCAGGCCUGCCGCUGUGUGAUGGGGGGCCACGCCUGCUGUGGGGAGGGGGCACCGGCCUGCCGUCUGCUCCCCGGCGGAGGGGGAGGGAUGGGAUUUUCCAGCCUCCCACUAUCCACUCAGCAGGGCCUGAGUGACCCCAUUACCCUCCCGCUACUACAGCUUGUCACCAACUCGUCCUGGUGGUCUCUGGCCUCUGCUGCCUCCAUCGCACCCCUGUCCUGGACGGAGGCCCCCAAGUCCUUCUCAGCAUCAUGUCCCAGGCCUAGGGGGCGAACCUUCCAGGAUGGUUUGCACAACCCCAAAGUCCCCAGAUGUGAACAUAUGUGCCGCGCAGACCAGCCGGUCACAGAUGCUGCCCAUGCUGGCAAUGCCUUCCAGCUGUCUUCAGGGGGUCCCUCACUGAGCCCGGCCUCUCCAGAGACUGCUGGUUAUACUAGCACACCCGCCGGCCCGCGUGUGUCCCGGACGAUCGGGGCCCGGCCCGUCGUCCCCCGCCGGGUCCGUGGCCAUGCCGAGUCGCCGCGUCGGCAGAUCGCCCGCUGCGCCAGACCUGGGGAGCUUGGAAGCAAGGAGGUGGGGACUUUCCUCCUUGAGGUCCCGAAAAGGCUCCGCCUGGCCCCUUCUGACGGGGACCCUGGGUGUGACCAAAGUGUGGGUGAAUGCCAGAAACUGGGGAACCUGCCCAUGACACAGGGAAGGAAGCGAAGCCAAACCCUGCUGAGCGGUUUCCAGGACCACCGGAGCUGGACAAGUAGAAGUAAGCACCUGUCUAAACGCAGAGAGGAGUCCAGCGUGGUGACCACCAAACUGCCUCACAUCUUCUUCCCUCUCUUGGACGAACUGGGUGAGUAUCACCAGGCUGAGGACAUCGAGAUCAUCGACGAGUACAUCAAAGAGAACGGCUUCAGCGUGGACGGGGCACUGCUGGGCCCCGGCAGCGAGGGGGUGCCACGCCUGGUACCCCGAGGAGGGACAGCCUCCCUGAGCACCGUCACGCUGAGCCCUGCAGCACCAGCUCCUCCAGCCUCGACGCCUCCACCCUGGGGCUGCCCAUUGAGUCGCCUGGUCCCCCCAAGCGGGGGCCCAGGACCACGGCCCCACCUGCUGAUCACGGAGCAGCCCAAGCAGCGCGGCAUGCGUUUCCGCUAUGAGUGCGAAGGCCGCUCAGCUGGGAGCAUCCUGGGGGAGAGCAGCACCGAGGCCAGCAAGACUUUGCCCGCCAUCGAGCUCCGGGACUGCGCGGGUCUGCGGGAGGUGGAGGUGACCGCUUGCCUGGUGUGGAAGGACUGGCCGUAUCGCGUGCACCCGCACAGCCUCGUGGGCAAGGACUGCACCGACGGCGUGUGCAGAGUCCGGCUGCGACCCCACGUCACGCCCCGGCACAGCUUCAACAACCUGGGCAUUCAGUGUGUGAGGAAAAAGGAAAUUGAAGCAGCCAUCGAGAGGAAGAUCCAGCUGGGCAUCGACCCCUACAAUGCCGGCUCCCUAAAGAACCAUCAGGAAGUGGACAUGAAUGUCGUGAGAAUCUGCUUCCUGGCCUCCUACAGGGACUCGCAGGGGCAGCUGCGACGCUUGGACCCAGUGCUCUCAGAGCCUGUCUACGACAAGAAGUCCACGAACACAUCAGAACUUCGGAUCUGCCGGAUCAACAAGGAGAGCGGUCCCUGCACGGGGGGUGAAGAACUCUACCUGCUGUGUGACAAGGUGCAAAAAGAGGACAUCUCGGUGGUGUUCAGCCGGGCAUCCUGGGAGGGCCGUGCCGACUUCUCGCAGGCCGACGUGCAUCGCCAGGUCGCCAUUGUCUUCAAGACGCCGCCCUAUGAGGACCUGGAGAUCACUGAGCCCGUGACUGUGAAUGUGUUUCUGCAGCGCCUCACGGAUGGAGUGUGCAGCGAGCCACUGCCCUUCACCUACCUGCCCCGAGACCAUGACAGCUACGGUGUGGACAAGAAGCGGAAGCGGGGGAUGCCUGAUUUGAUGGGGGAGCUGAAUAGCUCUGAUCCCCACGGCAUCGAGAGCAAACGGAGGAGGAAGAAACCAGCUUUUCUCGACCACUUCCUGCCCGGGCACAGCUCAGGCCUGUUCCUCCCGUCUUCAGCCCUGAUGCCCGACCCGGACUUCUUCCCUGGCACCGUGACUCUUCCUGGCCUGGAGCCCCCCGCUGGACCAGAUCUCCUGGAGGACAGCUUUGCCUAUGACCCUUCAGGCCCCCCACUCUUCAAUAUGUUGGACAUGCUGUCCCCGGCGCCCCCACUCGCCAGUGCUGUUGUGGGCAAUGGGGGUGCUGGGGCUCUGGUGGGGGAGCCCCCUGACCCCGAGCCACUAACGCUGGACUCCUUUCAGGCCCCUGGCUCUGGGGAUGGGGGCACUGCUAGCCUCGUGGGCAGUAACAUGUUCCCCAACCAGUACCGUGACAUGGGCUAUGGAGGUGGCCUCCUGUCGCCCGGGCCCGAUGCCACGUAGCCCCUGUGAGGCUGGAGGAGAGAUGCUGGGGGUGGGUGGAAGGGAAGCGGUAAGCAGGGCCUGGGUCCCCUAACCAGGAUGGCCGCACCCCUUCCAUCCCAGUUGAUCAGUUCUCCUCCUUUGGAAGCAGUCAUCUUCUUAGAAAGCACCAGGGGAGAAGCACCGGCAAUGCCCAUUUCCCCUCAUGGAUCCAUUUUUCUGAUGAGAAAACGGAAGGGAGUCUGGAGAGGAAUGAGCUUUGGCUGUCUCAGCUUAUGGAACCUCAGCGGCCUCAUGAGGCACCUCCUGAACCCCUACUUGGGGCCAUCUUCCCCAGGGUGGAGACUUAUCAAGGGAAGGAGCUGAGUGUGCAGGGGAUCCUGGGCCUCCUUACCCAGGCUUGGAGAGGUGUGUGUGUGUGUGUGUGUGUGUGUGUGUGUGUGUGUG